GAUGUUCUCGGAGCAGCCGCGGCGUCGUCAUCUGACCGAGUGUGGGGCGGCACCAGGAAGACGCAGCUGAUAUGACAGUAAAUAAACUCGUUUGAAAAGAAAACUUCAAUGAGCAGCUUGUAAUAACGCAUCAUUCAUCAAAUAAACACCGCGUCCGGUAACAUUGGUGUUUGGGUCAUUACAGUACCUUUAACCCUGCAUCCUGUGAGUGGUUGCUAUGGAGGAGACGAACAGAGAGGCUGUUGCUACGGCCGUCCAGAGGGUCGCCGGGAUGCUGCAGCGGUCCGAUCAGCUGGAUAAAGUGGAGCAGUACAGACGCAGAGAGGCGCGCAAGAAAGCAUCUGUAGAGGCCAGAUUAAAGGCAGCGAUUCAGUCUCAGUUGGACGGGGUACGAACAGGCCUCACGCAGCUGCACAAUGCACUGUGCGACGUGAAGGACAUCCAGACCUCGCUUGCAGACGUCAGUAAGGACUGGAGGCAGAGCAUCAACACUAUAGAGAGCCUGAAGGAUGUGAAAGAUGCCGUGGUCCAACACAGUCAGCUGGCGUCUGCUGUGGAAAACCUUAAAAACAUUUUCUCGGUUCCUGAGAUCGCACGAGAGACUCAAGAAUUGAUCGAACAGGGCAAUCUGCUUCCAGCUCACCGCAGGCUAAUGGACUUGGAGUGUUCACGAGAUGACCUCAUGUACGAGCAGUACCGCAUGGACAGCAAGAACGUCCACGACAUGAACCUGAUUCGCUGCUACUUCGGCGAGGUUCAGGGCCUUUCGGAUGAACUCUCCAAACAGCUCUGGAUGGUCCUCCAGCGCGCCAUGGUCACCGUGCGGCGCGAUCCUACCAUGCUGGUAUCAGUGAUUCGAAUCAUUGAGCGCGAAGAGAAGAUCGAUCGCAAAAUGCUGGACCGCAAGAAGCAGAUGGGGUUCAUCCCACCUGGAAGACCCAAAUGUUGGAAAAAUCGCAUGAACGAAGUCUUGGAAGGCACGGUGAGCGCCCGCAUCGAGGGCACGCAGUCUGAGACGCGAGAAUCCGACAAGAUGUGGCUAGUGAGGUUGUUGGAGCUCACCAGGAAGUACGUGUUGGAUGAUCUGAUCGUGGUGAAGAACAUGAUGGUGCAGUGCUUUCCUCCACACUACAACACAUUCCAGGUGUACCUCGAUCUCUAUCAUAAGUCUGUGUCCGCGCGCGUUCAAGAGCUGGCGGCAGAAGAUCUGGAGGCCAAUGAGAUUGUUUCUCUUCUCACCUGGGUCCUCAACACAUAUAAAAGUGUGGAGAUGAUGGGUCACCCUGAUCUUCAGCCCGAAUGUGACUUGAAGCAGUUGGAGCCGCUGUUACCUGAACAUGUGGUGGAUGAUUUGCUGGGCAAAUACCUCAAGACAUUUACUUCGAACAUCACAGGCUGGCUGCGGAAAGCUCUGGAAACGGAUAAGAAGGAUUGGCAGAAAGAGACGGAGCCUGAGGCCGACCAGGACGGCUACUAUCAGACCACCUUACCUGCCAUUGUCUUCCAGAUGUUUGAGCAAAACCUUCAGGUUGCAGCUCAGAUCAGCGAGAUGUUUAAAGAGCAGGUGCUAAAAGUCUGUCUGAAGCAGAUGAACUCAUUCCUUGUAAGGUACCGAGAGGAGGCUAUUGUUUAUAAGGACGAGCAUCUGAAAGAUCGCCAGAAGCCACAGUGCUACGUUCAGUACAUGAUCGCCAUCAUCAACAACUGCCAAACCUUUAAGGAGUCUAUUAAUAGUCUAAAGAGGAAGUAUUCCCAGUCGACUGAACCCACCCAAAAUGACGCUGCCAUUGAUAAACUCCUGAACGAAGUGGCCAAAGACGGCUGUCAGUUCCUGCUGGACGAGGUUUUCCUGGACUUGGAGCAUCACCUGAAUGAGCUCCUGACCAGGAAGUGGUUGACAGGCUCUCAUGCGGUGGACACCAUCUGUGUGACCGUAGAAGACUACUUUAAUGACUUUUCCAAAAUCAAGACGCCUUAUAAUCAGGAAAUGACGAGUGAUGCUCAUCGGCGGGUGGUGGUGGAGUAUCUGAAAGCCAUCAUGCAGAAGCGCAUCUCAUUUAAGAACGCUGAUGAGAGGAAGGAGGGUGCUGACAGAAUGAAUAAAGAGGCGGAGCAAUUCAAAUUCCUCUUCAGGAAACUGACCGCUGGGGAGGAGACGGACCGACUGUGUGAUUCCAUCUCAUCGAUCGCAGAGGUCUUUAAAUUGACAGACCCCGCGCUGCUCUACCUGGAGGUGUCAACUUUGGUGUCCAAGUAUCCUGACAUCAGAGAGGAGCACAUUGUGGCCUUAUUGGCUGUCCGUGGUGAUGCCAGUCGUGAGAUGAGGCAGAUGAUCAUUGAGACUCUGAACCAAAACAAACCAUCCACAUCCUCCAAUUCUCAGCCUGUCUUCAGAGACAUCACAGUGCCGACCAUGACCAUGACGACCAUGACAGCCAUGACCUCUAUGAAUGUACCUAAACUGCUUAAAUAAUCUGACAUCUAGAACAUUCAUCAAGACACUAAGAGGCCACAGAGGGGAGCGUUGCUUCCCAUAAUGCACUUUGAAAAACACAUUGGCAAUAUACCUCCGCUCGAGGUCUGUGUAGACGUUGAUAGAGAGUUUGAUUUAUGAUGACUUGAUGUACAAAAGACUUUGCAGGCAUUUAAUUUUAAUACAUUUGUUUCUUCACCCUUGUGUCAUUCCAAACAUAACUUACUUUUGUAGGACGCAAAGAAAUAUAAAAAGAGAUUUCCUAAUCGAAAUGAAAAGGAUCAUAAAGUAAGCAGUAAGAUUCAUCAUUGAGCUCAAUCCUGGCGUGAUACAAUACAAAUAAUAGGAAAGGGCACUCUGGAUUUGGUUAUAAUGAUUGAAAUGAGACGUGGAUGAAUGACUGGGUGAAUUUAACUUGAACAAAUCACUUGGUUUAUUACCCAAUGAUAAGAAAUUGCUUUCUAAUGCUUAUGUGUAGUUCUUUCACGUGAAUAAUGUACAGUCACCUUCACUAAAUCAUUUCAAUAAACUUCUGAUGCUGAUGGA